GAUGCGCGGGCGGGACUGGUUGCGUCCGCUCUCGUCGUGUUCGUGUCUGUCCGUCUGGCUUGUGACAGUGGUGACAGAUUUGCCUCGCUAUUGGAGCGCGACCGCCUCCGGUCGUACGAAUUAUAUUGAUUAUUAGGGCAGAUUCGCGGCCUCUGGCCGCUUCGAGCAGAGCACAGAAGCACUCUGCUGGCAAGCGAGCACGAUUACGGGCAGGUCCAUGAUUGAAUAAGCGGCAGUCCUCUGCUCGAUCUCAAGGCCAAGAUCAAGGCCUCGCUCGCGCUCAAUCUUGACUGCCGAGGAUAGAUGGAGCAGCCGAAACAGCAAGAAGGCAGUGCGGUGGUCCGCGCUACUAAGAAUUCCGAGGAUGUGAGAGGUAGCGUCGACAACACCUUCAGGCGAAAGUGGAAUAGAGAGGAGUACCUCGAGCGCGUGCGUGAGGCGGAACAGCGGGAGUUGGAUGAAGAGAGAUAUGGACCAAAAGCAAGAGGUCCUCCUGUACAAAGAAAACCUCUCAAGCAUCGAGAUUAUGAGGUCGAUCUUACUUCCCGUUUGGGAAAGACUCAGGUGGUCACUCAGGUUGCCCCUUUAAGCCAACAGGCAGGUUACUUUUGCAGCGUUUGUGAAUGUGUGGUUAAGGAUUCUGCGAACUACUUGGAUCAUAUCAAUGGCAAAAAACAUCAAAGGGCUCUGGGUAUGUCCAUGCGAGUGGAGAGGGCCACUUUGCAGCAGGUUCAAGACCGUUUUGACGUUCUGAAAAGGAAGAAAGAUACCACAGGGUUCACUGAACAAGAUUUGGACAUGAGGGUACUUAAGCAACAGCAAGAAGAAGAGGAAAGGAAGAAGCAACGCAGGGAAAAGAAAAAGGAGAAGAAGAAAGAGAAACCAUCUGGAGAUGAUGGCACUGAAGACUUUGAUGCCGAAAUGGCUGCGACCAUGGGUUUUGGUGGUUUCGGCUCGUCUAAGAAAUGAAUCGGGUUUUCACAAAUUUUGUAAAUAUGCCAAAUUGGUAUUUUGGUCUGAUUAUUGAGCGCCACGAUAGGUCUUUUUAGUGGCAGGGGUGCUCGAGUAGUUAUUUGAAUUAGUAUCUUCUGCAUCCCGUAGCCAUCACUGUAAAUUUAGGCAGCGAUCGGUCUCAACCAGGUCAGCUGGGAGGAUUCAGAAGAAUGUCAGUUGUACUUUAAAUUUAGUUGGCCACGCAAUUAUGAUGCCGAUCCACCUUGUCCACCUGUAGUUGGAAACCAUUAAAUAUUUGUAAUGUUCCUGAGGCUCAUGGUCCUGAUGAUUCCUGUGAACCAUUUUGGUUACUCUCUCUCAGUGAGGUAAGAAUCGUAUGACUUCUUUUGUGUGCUGAACCAAGUCAUCUUUCUCGGACGUCUUUUGUAAUUUAUUUCCGUGAAGAGAUACGUUUUGACAGAU